AUGUUCUCAUGGGUCUCAGGGGUCAUCGUGGCUACUGUGCAGACUACGUGGGUUUUUAGUUUUCCCUUUUGUGGCCCCAGUGAAAUCAACCAUAUCUCUUGUGAGACGCCCCCAGUGCUGGAGCUUGCAUGUGCAGACACCUUUUUGUUUGAAAUCUAUGCAUUCACUGGCACCAUUUUGAUCGUCAUGGUUCCUUUCUUGUUGAUACUCUUGUCUUACAUUCGAAUCCUCUUUGCCAUCCUGAAGAUGCCAUCAACCACUGGGAGGCAAAAGGCCUUUUCCACCUGUGCCUCCCAUCUCACGUCUGUCACCCUCUUCUAUGGCACAGCCAGUAUGACUUACUUACAGCCCAAAUCUGGCUACUCCCCAGAAACCAAGAAACUGAUGUCAUUGGCUUACACAUUGCUUACACCUCUGCUGAAUCCACUGAUCUACACCUUGCGAAACAGUGAGAUGAAAAGAGCUUUGAUGAAAUUCUGGCGA